UCACACACAGGCUGUCGCGCACAUCCACAUGCGCUCUGUGAGAGGACGCAUCCGAACCGCCAGUGCGCUUCAACACGCUUCUGUGCGUAACGCCGAUUUCACCCCUGUGACUGUCGUGCAGUUUGGACACAACUAUUCUGGUGUUUCCAGUCCAGAGUAGGAUUCAAUGAUUUAUAAGAGCAAGAAGACGGCAUAUGACUUAUACUUGGAGUGACAGUAUGUUUUAAACAGGAGAUAUAUCCCUGCGGAGAGCUAUAUCACCAAACACCGGAGACCAAUGGAGCGCAAUAACGCACGCGAAUGCGUGACAGCUUUAUAACGGAAUACGACUCGAGAACAAUUUUACUUCAGAUUAAAUUUCAAAGGUUUGGAGAAAACCGGCUGUUUAUGCUUAGCAUGACUUUUUGAUGUAUAUUUAAAAGAGGUUAUGUUACGCACAGUUUGCAUUUGUUGUGCGCAAUGGACUCUGUUUCAACUGAACUGAAUAUGGAAAUCUGAGCCAUAUAAAAAGGAAAAGGAUUGUUUUGUGCGUGUCCCCGUUUUUUCCUCAGUCAUCAUUUACUGAAUUUGUGCCUUGAAGAUCACUAGUUGAACACGGGUCACUUUUGCAAGACAGCGCGUUUGGAAAGAUGGAUUUCUGGCGAUCUCAGCUAGGAAUUGCGUUUGUCUUUUGCUUUGUUUUGAAGGUCGGCGCAGAAGAAGCUAAGCCAUGUGGAGGCCACCUGGACGCCAGCGAUGCCGGUUACAUCACAUCGCCCGGUUACCCACUGGAAUACCCGCCCCACCAGAGCUGCCAAUGGGUGAUCAGCGCUCCAGAAACAUCGCAGCGUAUCGUGCUGAACUUCAACCCUCACUUUGAGCUGGAGAGACUGGAUUGCCGAUAUGACUUCAUUGAGAUCCGAGAUGGGAAUUCAGAAUCUGCAGACCUGCUGGGGAGACACUGCAGUAACAUCGCUCCUCCUGCCAUCAUUUCCUCCGGUCCCGUCAUCCACAUCAAGUUUGUGUCUGAUUACGCGCACCAGGGUGCCGGUUUCUCCCUGAGAUAUGAGAUCUACAAGACCGGUGCCGAGCACUGUUUCCUAAAUUUCAGCGCCUCGUCUGGGGUGAUCGAGUCUCCUGGUUUUCCGGACAAGUAUCCUCACAAUUUGGAAUGUUCCUACAUCAUCAUCGCCCCACCUCAGACAGAGGUCACGCUCACCUUUCAGACCUUCGAUCUGGAGAAUGACCCUCUGCUGAUGGGGGAAGGAGAGUGUAAAUAUGAUUGGCUUGAUGUGUGGGACGGCCUUCCACAAGUGGGUCCCCUGAUUGGCCGAUAUUGUGGGACUAAAAUUCCUCCAGAGAUCCAGUCUUCAACGGGACUUCUGUCUUUGUCUUUCCACACUGACAUGGCCGUGGCCAAAGAUGGUUUCUCUGCCCGCUAUAACAUGACUCGCAAGGAAGUCACUGACACAUUUCACUGCAGCAAUGCAUUUGGAAUGGAGUCUGCUAAGAUCUCUGAUGAUCAAAUCACAGCCUCUUCCUCAUUUUAUGAUGGACGCUGGCAGCCUCGCCAGGCACGGUUAAACAACGAGGACAAUGCCUGGACACCUAGUGAAGACAGCAACAGGGAGUUUAUACAGGUGGAUCUUCAGUUCCUUAAGGUUCUGACCGGGAUUGCAACACAAGGAGCCGUCUCCAAAGAGACCCUGAAGUCUUACUACGUAACAACCUUCAAGUUAGAAGUUAGCACGAAUGGAGAAGACUGGAUGAUGUACCGGCAUGGAAAAAACCAUAAGAUUUUUCACGCCAACACUGACCCAUCAGAAGUGGUUUUGAAUCGCAUUCCUCAGCCUGUUCUGGCCCGCUUUGUUCGAAUCCGACCACAGACGUGGAAUAAUGGCAUUGCUCUACGCUUUGAGCUCUAUGGCUGCCAAAUUACAGAUGCCCCUUGUUCUGAACUCCAGGGAAUGCUAUCUGGGCUCCUCCCUGAUUUACAGAUCUCUGCCUCCUCGGUCAGAGACCUCCACUGGAUGCCAGGAGUCGCCCGUCUGGUUGCCAGCAGAUCAGGAUGGUUUCCUAGUCCUGCCCAGCCUAUUGCAGGAGAGGAAUGGCUCCAGGUGGACCUUGGCACACCCAAAACAGUACGAGGAGUAAUUACCCAAGGAGCCCGAAGCGUAGAGGGUGGAACAGCCUCGGAGAACAGGGCCUUCGUCCGGAAGUACCGCAUCGCAUAUAGCCUGAAUACAAAAGACUGGAACUUUGUAAUGGACAGCAAAACUAGCAUGCCUAAGGUUUUCGAGGGGAACACGCACUACGACACCCCAGAGCUCAGACGGUUUGAGGAGCUGACCGCCCAGUUCAUCCGGAUCUAUCCGGAACGUUGGUCUCCGGCAGGCAUCGGAAUGAGAAUGGAAGUUCUUGGCUGUAAUUUGCCAGAAACCUCCACGCCAGUUAUGGAGACAUCGAAACCCACUCGGCCGUCUCCUGUGGAAACCAGCACCACCCAGAAAACCAGUCCAGUAACCAGCGCAGCGUUGCCGUCUCACAAAGGGCUGUGCGAUUUUGAGCAAGGAUUGUGCGGUUGGACUCCCGACCUGGAUUCCGACCUUAGCUGGGUUCUUCACAGCUCCAGCAAAACCACAGCCUUGGGCCAGAGUCAAGAUCUCUCUAUGGGCUCCAACAAUUUGGGCAACUAUCUGUAUGUUGAAGCCAGUCCUGAGACUGUGGGUCAAAAAGCUCGGCUGGUCAGUCCCAGUGUGGAUCCGGACACCGGACCUAUCUGCCUGAUGUUCUCCUAUCAGCUGGAGGAUCAUGGAACCCUGAGGGUUCUGCUGCGGAACAAAGAUCAAGAGGAUACGAUCAUAUGGGCCCUUCAUGGAGACCAGGGACCCACGUGGAAUGAAGGACGCACCAUCGUACCUCGAUCGCCAAAUGAAUUUCAGGUUGUAAUCGAAGGGUAUUUCGAGGGCGCCAAGGGUCACAUCUGGAUCGACAACAUCCAUAUGAGUGUGAACACACCGUUGGAGGAGUGUACUCAGCCUUUCACGGCGUUCCCUCCGGACAAAACCGGGGGACCCCUGCCUGGCAAGAGUGAGCCGACAGAUACGAUGUUAGUACUGCCCACUUUGCCCAACUGGUAUUACAUAAUGGCAGGUGGAGGUGCCAUCUUGUUCCUGGUCGUUGUCGUCCUCAUGGCCGUCUGUUGUCGACGUCUUACGGCCAGAAGGAACCAACCCACGAUGGCCUACUACAGCCCCCACAAUGCACAUUACCCAAACGGUGGUAUGCACCGGUCCGGGGUUACACCCAAGUUGACUGUAUGGGUUGAGAAGGGCGAUGGAAAUUCCUACUGGUGAGAGACCCGGACUGAGGUUUAGAAGUUUGCUUGGAAAGAGACCUGAAGAGUUGGUUAUCGGAGGUGCACUUCUCUCCUACCGUUAUGGUAUCUUUCCUUAACAUUGGAUGUCGUGUCGGAUGUAUCCAAAUGAUACCAAAACGAGGCCAACGGUUGUUUUUUCGGUUUCUUGUUUUCUUCUUCUUUCUGUGUCGGAUACUGACUGUUUGGGUCAUGGAGUCUUACUGGUGUGCUCAGCUUGUUUACCACGAAAUCUAGCCAGGCUGUCUUACCGGCUGCCUGCAAGAACCUUCGGAGUGGAUUUGAAUCCAACCUUACAAUGGACGCCAAGCGGAUCUGUUGCCAAUGACCUUAAUCAAAGGCCCAAGACUGAAUUUGAUCCAGUGUUCUGUACUGACGUUAAGUCAUUGUGAUGGGUCAAGAGCUGUAUUGAACAUGCUACGUUUGCACUUUGAUUAGUCCCCGAGUUUGAUUACGAAUACCUCUUAACCUUAUUCUAGCAGAACAUGGGACCUUUUUCAAAAGAGUCGAUAGGAUGUUUUUUGAUAAAUUAAAGCAUAAUGUGCUUUAAGGACCUCUUACAAUGCAAGCAUGAUAUCCUUAGUAAAAAGAAAGGGUGAGGGAUUGCCAAUAUGUUAAAAAAGGUAAGGCAGAUUUUUGCAUGUUAACAGCUAAAGUUUUUGAGUUAGGUCUGAUGAACGGAUUCACCUGAUAUGAACGAAUCUCACAAAGCCCAUGCCAUGCAAACACAAUGAACAUCGUCUUAAACUCAAAAUCGCCGUCUACUUAUGUUUCUGGUCUUCAUCAGUGCAUGUUUUUUUUCUAAAAUGAUUUCAGGAUGAUCUUAACCAAUAGCCAAAUUGCCUUAAGCUAUUGUUGUUGGGACUAUUCACAACAAAUGGUUUCUAAAUUUAAACAGUGUGGUACUAUAGAGUUCAGUUCAUAUAUGUGCUACAAUGAAGAGAUGUCGCCACUUUGAGAUAAAAGAGAAUCGUGAGUGCGGCUGUGAUGGGGUGUUAAAGUCUUUAACUUGAUACUUUCGAAGUUCUUCUUUGUGUCCAACAUUUUUGGCCAAAAAAGCCCUGAUACUGCAUAGGCGUGUGUUAUGCUGAGCAAACGCUUGCUGGUGUUAGGGGUUCAAAAACAAAGACAGCUGUGUCCCUUCCUUGUGUCUGUGGGAUGAGGAAGCACUGAGCGCCGGGGUGGGAGUGAACUUUGUCUAGAUAUCCACACAUGGUAGCAAUUUCGGUUCAGGAGAGAUCAGCAGUGAAUGGUGUCCAAGACAAGCAUAUGGUUUUUGACAGCUAUAUGGAUUCAUAUAUUAAAUUGAGUUGUCAUUUGAGUAGAUAAUAAUCUGUUCUGUAUUGGGACAAGGAAAGGAUCAUUACAAAUUUAGUGGUACCAUGGUACAGUGAUGAUUUUAAAGUAUAUACAUAUAUACCAUGAUCGUAUAUUCAUAUAGCUUCCCAAAAAGUACCAAGCUACUGCCAUUGUAUUGUACAUGGUUAUAUAUAAUAUCCCUUUAUGUGCAUCACUACUGUGAAAUUUUAGGUUUAGUACCAUGGUACUUUUUUAAAAGGACUGUACCACGCAUCAUAACCAUUGUGUUUUAGACAUGUAGCAUGAUACCAACAUGGUAAUUUGGACAUUGAAUGAUGUGUUCAAAUUAUGUCAAAGAUUAAAGGGGGGUCCCCUAGCUAAUUAGAUGUGCUUUAUCUGGGGUCCCUCAGUGCUAAUAGGAGAUCCGGGACCACCCCAGCCCCUUCAAUUUGAACUCUCCAGUACCACAUCUCAUACUGUAUGUUAGUGUGCUGUUAUUAUGGUACCAUGUCAAAAAACGGUUGGACAUGUUGCCUGAAAGCAUAGUUCACGCAGAAAAUGAUUUUUUUAUUUUAUUUUAAAGUAAAGAGAGGUCUUCUUGUUCACAACAAUAGUUUUGAGUUAGCGAAGAAAGAAAAGAAUAAGGAUGAUGGAGACCCUUGGCUCUUAAGGGUUUUUAGCCCUAUUUCCUAAUGCCUGGUGGUAAGAGAUGUUUUGGCACCGUCACGCAAUGUGCUUUUAAAGCAGCCACUUUAUCGCUCCGUUCUUCCCUAAACCGUGAUCACACAUUCUUUCUCUUAAUAUUCUUUAAUUAGUUAAUGGACCAGAUACCAUUUAUUAAAGCUGCUGUAGGCGUUUCGCCCCCCACCCUGUACCUCCUGUCAUCUCUAGAAACUGCAUUAAUGAGCGCAAGUGCUCUCCGGAGACCCGCGCCUGUACCGUGCGUCACCCGACCGGGAUUAAUGCCAAACUGCCAUUCUUCUCUGCCCUCAAAUGCGCCAUUUACACAACACUGUGAAUAUAGUGAAACAGGACUGCGUUUAAUGUUAGCGCCCCUGCGGAUGUGUCCGUAAAUCUAAAUGACUUCUGAGCUACUUUUAAAUAUGGGUGUCGUAGAAGAUUCAAAGUAAGGUGGGUUUUAGACAGGCAGCUCGCACAUCGAUUUCUUCGCCUUCAGACUCCAACUCAGUCAUUUUUGGAAUAAAGCAGCGCUGUUUCUUAAAGCCAUUUGAAAGUUAUGGGCCUUUUAUCUUACCGCAGAGCUUGCUGAAGAGAUGGUGAUUCUUAUAAAACAGACUAUGAAUUUAAUCACGUUGAAAAUAAUGAUGAGGACGAUAAUGCACUUAGCUUUAUUGGAAGUACCUUCUAACUGUGGUCAGCCUAUACCUCAAUAACUUUGAAAUUAGUAAAUUGUUUAAAAUGCGAAUGUGAACAGAAUAUUUUUGCUUGUAUGAAUUUGUGUCUUGAAAACCUGCUUUUAAAAUGUGAUAAUAAAAUCUUAUUUUUCUAAUCAUCCCCUCUUAUUAGACCCAUUUCUUUCAUCGGUUCAUGAAUAAUAGAUGUUGCAUUUGUCCUGUGUGGUGUGUUUUGUCUGUACUCUGUUUUAUGGUCCGUAAUGACAUUUGUUUAUCAACCUAAGGUACAAAACAUACUCAAUACAUGGUUUUGUGCAUUGUUGGAUUUAAAAAUGUUAUAGACCACAAUUCAUUGCCAGUGUAUGCAUCUGGAUUAUGCAAUGCCACAAGGAGAGGCAUAAAGGCUACUUCUAUGCUGAGUUUUCUAUUUCAAGUUAACUAAUUGAUUAACGUAGUAAAACUGUCGACAUGUCGGUAGCUAGCUACCUGAAUAAUAACAAAUUUCAAUGCUUGAACCUUAUGCACAGUAUAAUAUGACUGUGUGCUACAGGUCUUCUCUGGUCCAAAGAAAUGUACCCGACCCAAAAUGAUCCAAAUCACCUUUUACCCAAAACCGAGGUGCAUAAAUAAUAUUUUUAAAGAAACAAACGACCCGAGACAAACCAGAGAAAUUUAGACCCGACCCAAUCCAGUAGCGCUUUUUUUACCCAAAUGUAAAUGCAGCCCUGCACGCACCGGUCAGCCGUUGGGCUCGCAACCAAUUUGGCCCAUUGCUCCAUUAAUUUUUAUUUGUUACCUGACGAACACCAAGGUUACUGCUAAAAUCUGCAUUCAAAAUUGAUUGACAGGUCUGGCUCAACAAAAAUAAAUCUACUGCCAGCCACACGAAGCAGCAAGCGGUAUUGGCAAACAGAUGGGGGGUUGGAAAAGGACUCAAUGCACACACGCGAGAUAGUUCUGGUCUUCUACACAUUCAUUUAUAUUACCAAAGACCCGAGGCGGCUAAUAUUAUACCCGACCCGUGUCCGAGGCACCUGUAAAACUUUUAGAUCCGAACCCGCUCGGGUUGGACCUCGGGUUUUGGAUCUAAGUGGACCCUUGAAGACAGUAUAACAUGACUGUGUGCUUGCUGGAGGAGUAUGAUUGAAUAUGAUGAAGAAGAAAUAUUUGU